UUCACUCUUUUUUAUGUUCUUAACCACUCCUCUUCUCACCAACAAUCUCAAUCACAUUCAAUAACCUUCCCCUCUCUCGCUCAUCGAAGAUAAAAUGCUGGUAGCUCGAUCCCCAAUCUCCGGCCACAAGCUACACCACCGCCCCAGCAGCGGCCGCAAACCGCUCCAGCCGAAGAACUCGCCGUCGACUCCUUCCGCCACAAAAUUAAAACCAAAUCCAAAUCCAAAUCACGCAGCUGUUUUUUGGGGUGAAAUAGAUCAGAGUAACAAGGAGAAUAUCUACUCCACCCCUGUGAAAAAGGAGCGUGUCCAAUUUCAGAUCGAGUUUGAUUCCUUCGAUGCUUCUCUCGCGGAGGAACUGAACGCAAUCCGAGAAAAGGUCGAGCGGCUGCGGAUCGAUAAGGAGAAGACCGAUAAGAUGCUGAGAGAGAGAGCGCUCCUGCUCGAUUCGCAGAUGAAGGAGAUCGUCGACAGAGGGAUGCUGCAGAAGCACCUCGAGAUUGAGGUCGAUCGCCUCUUCCGAUUGAAGGAGAUCAAGCUUUCCUGCAAGAGCGUAUCGCCGAUUCGGUCGUUGAGGGAGAAGGAGCAAGCGAAGAGGAUAAAUCAGGAGCAGGAUCAGUUCAAGGCCAAGAAUCAUUCUGAAGAAGUGAAAGAAGAAAGCAUGAAGAGUGAGAAGUGAAGUGAUUUUGGAUACUCUUCGUCAUCGCCAUUUCUGUUUUUCCUCUGGAAAAUCAGAGGCAGAUUAUCAUUAGCACAUACUCCUUUUACUUGAUUUGAGAAUGUUUCUGUUGUAAUGUAUUGUAUGGUCACUUUCAAAAUGGAUAACUCUUUGAUCA